UUUACGAACAAAGCCCGAGAUACUGCAGCAGACAGGCUAGAAAACGGUGAUGUUGGUAAUGAAGUAUUUCGCGAACUUAUCAAACGAGAUUUACACGAAAUCGAAACAAAGCUAGAUAAUCUUUCGAAAAUAGACCUUUCCUCCAGUUUGACUUUCUUGAAAGAAGGAUUUAUUCUACUUUUUAAUUGCAUUGACGACGUAGAAAGUGAUAGAGAAUGUGAAGAAGCAAGUAAUAAUGAUGAGCCCCAGGCAACUUGUACUGCCAUCACCACCAGGUAUGAUCUUUCCACUGCAAUACAACAUUCAAAGGUUUUUGAAAGGGCAAAGGAACGAUUUAAAAAAUCUCGUGAAGAAGCAACAAGAGCUUUCAACAACAAAAAUUUAAGCUUGGAGGACAGAAUAUUUGCCGUUAUUGUUAAGAUCAUGGCACAAAUUUUUGAAUGUCCGGAGCAUCAGGAGAUUGUCAUUGGUUUAUGUUUAUCUUAUAUAGAAGAACUGCAUGAAUUGGACGGUGUUCGUAAAAUGUUCUCUGUUUUUAUCGGUGGUGGCAUGAGAGCGAUGUUCAAAAAAUCCCAAAGAAUUGAAAACAUAAAGUCUGUCAUUCUUCUCAACCAUCAUUUAUAUCAGUUUAUUUUAAGGAUCAACCAGAAUCACGAUCAUUUACCAACUUGGCCAUGUAUUGAACUUGGCGACGGUAAAAUGUUCAAUCCAAUACAGGACAGGCGCAAGGAAUUUCCUGUCGAGUCUUGGGAUAAAAAUUUGAUUGAAUCUUCCCAAGAAAUGGGAAAAAUGAAAACCAAGAUGUUUGAACUUUUGGGCAAGAUGACUAUAAAUGAACAUUUUGCUCCAACAUUGACAUCACCAGUUGAAUUAGUUAUGGCUUUAUUAAGAAGUGAUAUUUUGGUUGCUGGAGGUUACUCACGUGGUUAUAUAAAGAGUGUUGAAAUUUUUUCAUGGAAGGAGAAGAAAUGGUUUGAGAUUGCAUCAAUGGAAAAUGUACACGACUCGCCUUCAUCAUUUAUUUAUGAUGAUAAUUUAUUUGUUGUUGGAGGAUCUUGCUGCAAGUCAAUAGAGACAUUGAAUAUAAAACAGUUUCCUUUGACAUGGAGAAAAUUUCCCACAGAGCUUCCUUAUGAAUGUCAAAGUCAUCGAACUGUUGUUUAUAAACAACAAAUCCUUUUCAUUGGAGGAGUUAUUAAUUAUAAAUCAUCAGAUUUGAUCAGUGAAAUAAAUAUUGCUGGUACAACAUCUCAUGUUUUAAAACAGUUGUGUCAUAUGCCUGAACUACGGUAUUACCAUGAAGCUGUUGUUGUUGAUGAUAAAGUUCUUAUUUUUGGAGGAGUGGGAAAACAUUUCAAAGUUUUGUCCAGUGUUUUGGAGUUUGAUCCAAGGACCUUUACAUUUAAGGAAAUGCCUCCAUUACCUUUUCCAAUGUAUAGAAUGGCAACAGUUCCAUGGAGAGAUCAAGUUGUUCUUCUUGGAGGUCAUGGUGGAAGAAAAAAGUUGAACAGUGUUAUCAUGUAUGACAUCAAAACAGGUAAGAUUACAGUCUUACCAUCCAUGUUGGAAAAGAGAUGGGGAUGUUGUGCAGUUAUAACUGGUGAUACAAUUGUUGUCAUGGGAGGUCGGAAUGAUAAAGAUGAAGAACUUAAAUCAGUGGAGUGUUUCGAAAUGGGAAAUAGUUCUUCAUGGACAUAUCUUCCUUUAAUGAAUAAAUCACGAAUGGAGCUAUUGCUGAAGUUUUACCUUUUGGACAAAAGUAUGUCUAAGACACGAAAUUUCAUUAAGUUAUGGAACGUUAUAACUCAUCAAUGUUUGUUUGGACUACAUUGGACGAUGAAUUUGUAAAAUUUAAAAUUUAUAAUUUAAAGGUUUAUACAAUCAUUAACAAUUUUGAUAAAUUUCUGAAAUAGGUGAAUGUCUUUUGUAUCUAAAUAAGUUUGAGUUUUUAGACAAUAUUUUAUACCUUUUUUCUUGUUCUUGUUUCAUUGCAGUUUAUUGACCAAUAAAAUACAAGUUUUCCAUGGUAAAAAUUACUUUACUUAAAAUAUUUUUCGUAGUAGCAAAAUACUUUAUUUCCCUGUUUACCAUCCACCACAUUUACAAAAAUCUACUAAUUAUCUUACACAUUUGAAAUGUUGUGAAGACAAUUAGUUUGUAAUUAACUUCUCAUUCGCGAACACAAUCACUUUCUGCAUUACUGAAGUAAUAAUAUUUAAGCUUGGUUCACACGAGUAAAAUAAGCACGAACGUCGAGACUUUUGUUUCUAUUGCUCUAGAGGUUUAUAAAGACAAACACAUUGGGAUUUUCUUUAAA